GAACUACUCCUAUAACCUAUAAUUCAAUAUCAACAAAACAUGCCAGCCUGUUCAGCGAAUUGUGGCAAAAACGCCAUUCUCAAGAGACCGAAAACUGGAGAUGCCCUCUGCAAGGAGUGCUUCUUUGAGGCUUUCGAAAAUGAAAUCCAUUUUACUAUAACCAGAGCCAAGCUGUUCACACCAGGAAGCACAGUGGCUGUGGCUGCUUCAGGUGGAAAGGAUUCAACAGUUCUUGCAUAUGUUUUGAAGCUGCUAAAUGAGAAAUAUGGAUACAACUUGAAGCUGGUUCUUUUAUCAAUAGAUGAAGGUAUCACUGGGUACAGGGAUGAUAGUUUAGAAACUGUUAAGCAAAACAGGGAUGACUAUGAGAUGCCUUUAAAAAUAAUGUCUUAUAAGGAUUUGUAUGGUUGGACUAUGGAUGAAAUCGUUGCUGAGGUUGGAAGGAAGAAUAAUUGCACGUUUUGUGGCGUGUUUAGAAGGCAGGCCUUGGAUAGGGGAGCUAUGCUACUGAAAGUCAAUUACCUAGCAACAGGACAUAAUGCAGAUGAUAUAGCUGAGACAGUUUUAAUGAAUAUACUUAGAGGGGAUUUAGCUAGAUUGAAUAGAUGCACUUCAAUCAUAACAGAUAGCGGCGAUGGUAUUCCGAGAGUGAAACCUUUGAAAUACACCUACGAAAAGGAGAUCGUUAUGUACGCUUAUUUCAGGAAAUUGGUCUACUUCUCAACAGAAUGUAUCUUCGCGCCUAACGCUUACAGAGGACACGCCAGAGUUCUACUCAAAGAUCUGGAAAAGGUAGAUCCAGCUGUCAUCAUGAACAUCAUACAAUCAGGAGAAAGUUUGUGCGUUAACGAAACCGCAAACAUGCCGACUUUGAUGACGUGCGAGAGAUGCGGCUACGGUUCGUCGCAGAAGAUCUGCAAAGCUUGUACCUUGUUGGAAGGUUUGAACAGAGGUUUGCCUAGAUUGGGUAUUGGGAAGUCCAGCAAGGUGAAGAAGCUCAUCGAGCAAGAUGAUCUUAAGAGAAGCGCGGCGGGUUGUUGCAAGUCGAAGAAUAAAUCGGAUUGCGGUAACUGCGCGUGUAACAAGAACGAGAUUAAAAGGGAUUUGAGUAAAGCUGUGGAGGAAUUAAAGAUUUAACAUUCGAAA